ACUCCCAGGCCAACACUGGCUCAGGAUCAUCCGUUCAGUUUCUCCAAGCUCCAGUCCUAACUGUGGCCAGGCCUUGGCACCAGGGACUUCAAGUACAUAAAACCAUGGCCAAGCGAGUUGCAGUUGUCGGGGCUGGGGUCAGUGGCCUGGCCUCCAUCAGGUGUUGUCUGGAGGAAGGGUUAGAGCCCACCUGCUUCGAGAGGAGCGACGACCUUGGGGGGCUGUGGAGAUUCACCGAACACGUUGAAGAAGGCAGAGCCAGCCUCUACAAGUCUGUGGUUUCCAACAGCUGCAAGGAGAUGUCUUGUUACCCCGACUUUCCAUUCCCAGAAGAUUGUCCAAACUAUGUGUCAAAUUCUCAAUUCCUGGAAUAUCUCAAAAUGUAUGCAAACCAGUUCAACCUUCUGAAAUGCAUUCAAUUCAAGACAAAAGUCUGCAGUGUAACAAAACGCCCAGAUUUUAGUGUCACUGGCCAAUGGGACGUAGUCACUCUGCAUGAAGGGAAGCAAGAGUCAGCCAUCUUUGAUGCUGUCAUGGUCUGCACUGGUUUUCUUACUAACCCGCAUUUGCCACUGGACUCCUUUCCAGGUAUAAACACUUUUAAAGGCCAGUACUUUCAUAGCCAAGAGUAUAAACAUCCAGAUAUAUUUAGAGACAAGAGAGUUCUUGUGAUUGGAAUGGGAAAUUCUGGCACAGACAUUGCUGUGGAGGCCAGCCACCUAGCAAAGAAGGUGUUCCUCAGCACCACCGGCGGGGCGUGGGUGAUAAGCCGGGUCUUCGACUCAGGCUACCCCUGGGACAUGGUGUUCAUGACGCGCUUUCAGAACAUGCUCAGAAAUUCUCUCCCAACUCCAGUCGUGAGUUGGUUGAUAGCGAAAAGGAUGAACAGCUGGUUCAGUCACGAAAAUUAUGGCUUAAUUCCAGAAGACAGGAUACAGCUGAGAGAGCCUGUGAUAAAUGACCAGCUCCCAGGCUGUAUCAUUGCUGGGAAAGUGCUCAUCAAGCCAAGCAUAAAGGAGGUGAAGGAAAACUCUGUUGUAUUUAACAACACCCCAAAGGAAGAGUCCAUCGAUAUCAUCAUCUUUGCCACUGGAUACACCUUUGCUUUCCCCUUCCUUGAUGAGACUGUAGUGAAAGUUGAAGAUGGCCAGGCAUCGCUGUACAAAUACAUCUUCCCUCCGCAUCUGCAAAAGCCAACCCUGGCUGUUAUUGGCCUCAUCAAACCCUUGGGUUCCAUUAUACCCACAGGGGACACACAAGCUCGAUGGGCUGUUCGGGUCCUGAAAGGUGUGAAUAAGUUACCACCAUCAAAUGUCAUGAUAGAGGAAGUUAAUGAGAGGAAAAAAAACAAGCCCACUGGGUUUGGCUUGUGUUACUGCAAAGCUUUACAAACGGAUUAUAUCACAUACAUAGAUGAACUCCUGACCUAUAUCGGUGCAAAGCCCAACCUGGUCUCUCUGCUCCUGACGGAUCCACGCCUGGCUUUGGCCAUCUUCUUCGGCCCAUGCACACCGUACCAGUUCCGUCUGACUGGCCCAGGAAAAUGGGAAGGAGCCAGAAAUGCUGUCAUGACCCAGUGGGACCGAACAUUCAAGGUCACCAAAACACGAGUUGUACACAAAUCCCCAUCUCCCUUUGCAAGCUUCCUUAAACUCUUCAGCUUUCUAGCUUUGCUUGUGGCCAUUUUCCUGAUCUUCCUAUAAAUAAAAGAUUAUCUAAGUGGCUUGUCAAAUGCACAAAGUAGAUGGACAGUGCUCUGGUUCCCCCAUUGCAACAGCAUGCCCUUCACGGCUAUAAAUCAUAUCUGAGUAGUGAAAGCCACCCCCUGCCCUUCCCUGGCUGGCUUAAGGGCCACUGCUUGUAUUCCCAAGCGUCUCCCGGCCCCACCUGCUUCUAAUGCUGGAGGAAGAUAACCAAGGUUUCUGUGCAUUUGAAGGCUGCUGGAAGUUUCAAGGUUGAUUUUAGAAGGGAGCGUUGUCCCAGUUAGCACUAUGAAUAAUUAGAGCUCGUUCCUGCUUUCAUAGAUCUCGACUAAAACUCCCUAUUUCACAAAAGAUUUGGUUGUACUAAAAUGGCGCUCUUAUGGUAUCCGCUGAUGAAAAAUAAAAUGAAAGAAAACGCCUAGAA